GAAAGUUGUUCAUUUAUUAGUCUUCACAUGCAACAAAGACAUGAGUGCAUAAAUCUGUUUGACAUGGUAUCAUCACAUAAGCAUAAUACAACAUCUUCUAAUAACAUUAUAAUAAAUACAUAGACUACUGAGCAUGUCACUAAUAAUGGCUUGUAUCAAUCGAAAAAGUAGGCACUGCACAAAACAAAAGUGCACAUAAUUCGAUAUUAUUUCGUAAUUCCAUCGGAGUAUUACUGGUUAAAUAGUUCAGACGACUUUGCAAAUGUGUUUUUUCAUGACUACUUUCACAAGCAAAGUUCUGAACAACUAGCUACUAAGCUUCCACUGUAUGUCGACGUUUACAAAUGUCCUUCUACAUAUGGCUACUUCUCAAUGUUGCCUAGAACGACAACUAAACUUGCGCGUGCGCAAUACCAAGGCCCGAGUCCCCGAUACAAGAUGGCGGAGAAGGUGGGGAGUGAGAGGCGGAGGCAGGUCCGGAUUGAAUAGAGCAAAGGCUAUACAAGGUUCCUAACAAACCUCUAUAAGGACAGGACAGAUGAGGAGAGAUGUCAAGUGAGAACCACGGAACAGUGAAGGGGGACACUGCUAUGGUGAUGUCUCCCACAGGCUCUGCCACACAGGGGUCUCCUGUCUCACCUUCAACUAGCAAGCCCAUGCCAGAGUUGCCAGACGAGCUCGUCCAGGCCGGCUGGUCAAAAUGCUGGAGCAAGCGGGAGAAUCGGCCCUACUGGUUCAACCGCUUCACCAAUCAGUCGAUGUGGGAGAUGCCAGUCCUGGGGCAGCAAGAUGUCAUUUCCGACCCGCUGGGUUUGAAUGCUGCCCCGGCCUCGGCGGAGGGGGCAGGCGACGCCGGCGUGGGCAACGGGCAGCGCAAGAGAUGCCUGUCGGAGGAGGCCGCCCAGGGGGGUCCUAACAGCUUCAAGAGGCCCAAGAUUGAGAUUGGUAUACCUGUAACCCCAACGACACCCACAUUGCCCAUCUCACCCAUUACCUCUGGGGCAAAGCCGUGGAACUCUACCACAGGCACAGAGGACAAGCCAGGGCAGCCCGCACCGGCCCUAUACCGUCCCACCGUAAUAUACUGGGACCUGGACAUUCAGACGAACGCAGUGAUCAGAGAGCGAGCUCCCGCCAACCAUCUACCUCCCCACCCGGAGAUUGAGCUCCAACGCUCCCAGCUCACCACCAAGCUACGGCAGCACUACCAAGAGCUCUGCUACCAACGAGAAGGUAUCGAGCCCCCACAGGAGUCUUUCAACCGCUGGCUGCUGGAGCGCAAGGUGCUGGACAAAGGGCCCGACCCCCUACUGCCCAGCGAUUGUGACCCCAUCAUCUCCCCAUCCAUGUUCAGAGAGGUCAUGAACGACAUCCCCAUCAGGUUGUCCCGCAUCAAGUACAAAGAGGAGGCCCGAAAACUCUUAUUCAAAUACGCCGAAGCUGCCAAGAAAAUGAUUGACUCGAGAAACGCCACACCAGACAGCCGGAAGGUUGUGAAAUGGAAUGCGGAGGACACCAUGAACUGGCUACGGAGAGACAACUCGGCCAGUAAAGAGGACUACAUGGAUCGUCUGGAGCACUUACGGAAACAGUGUGGUCCCCAUGUAACGGCGGUAGCCAAAGACUCAGUGGAGGGAAUUUGUACGAAGAUCUACCACAUCUCAGUAGAGUACGUGCAACGUAUUCGUCAGGCCCACCAGACCAUGCUGAAGGACUGCAACAUCACGGACCCAGAGGCAGCCGAGGUGCAGGGCAGGCUGGUGUACUGCUACCCCGUCCGGCUGGCCCUGCCCUCGACGACCCAGCCCCGCGUGGAGCUGCACUUUGAGAACGACAUCGCCUGCUUACGCUACAAGGGAGAGAUGGUCAAGGUCAACCGUGGCUACUUCGCCAAGCUGGAGCUCUUAUACCGAUACAGCUGCAUCGACGAUCCCAGGUUCGAAAAGUUCCUGUCACGAAUAUGGUGCCUUAUCAAGAGAUACCAGGUGAUGUUUGGCGCCGGGGUGAAUGAGGGGAUGGGCUUACAGGGGGCCCUUCCUGUGCCUGUCUUCGAGGCACUCAACAAGCAGUUUGGGGUGAGCUUUGAGUGUUUCGCCUCGCCGCUCAACUCCUACUUCAAGCAGUUCUGCUCGGCUUUCCCUGACACCGAUGGCUUCUUUGGAUCCAGGGGGCCUUUCCUGAACUUCUCACCGGCCAGUGGCUCCUUUGAGGCCAACCCUCCCUUCUGUGAGGAGCUGAUGGAUGCCAUGGUGACACACUUUGAGGAACUACUGGAGAAGUCCAGCGAGCCCCUGUCCUUCAUCAUCUUCGUCCCGGAGUGGCGAGAUCCACUAACCCCAGCCCUCAACCGCAUGGAGACCAGCGCCUUCCGCCGCCACCAGAUGUCGCUGCCCGCCUUCGAGCACGAGUACCGCAGCGGCUCGCAGCACAUCUGCAAGAAGGAGGAGAUGUACUACAAGGCAGUCCAAGGCACGGCGGUCAUCUUCCUGCAGAAUGCCGCCGGCUUCGCCAAGUGGGAGCCCACGCCGGAGCGCAUCCAGGAGCUGCUGGCAGCCUACCAGGUCUCCCAGCCAACCUUGGGCUCCCCAGUCCCCUCAUCCACCUCCUCUGCGCCCACUACGCCCUCCCCAGCCAGUGCGGGGGGGUCGGGCAACAAAGACUCUACUGCCGCCAAGACGGCACCUGAGCGAUCGGCCAGUUUGGACACAUCACCCUCUAGCCAGGAAAACAGCAGUAGUGGUGGUAGUAGUGCUCUGGAAAAUACUACGCCACCAUCCGAGGCAGCCAGCAUUUAAAAGGAGGGGAGGGGACAUGGGUGAAAGUAGAGUGCGUUUUAGGGAUGGGGGAGGGGGGAGAGGGACUCUACAACUGGUGCUGAGAGAGUGGGGUGUGAGGAUUUGGCCCUGGACUGCUCGGGCGCUAGGGUAGCCUACGAAGGAGGGCCUCCCCCCUAAAAUCGGUUUACUUUCUCUGCCUCGACUAUUUCAUAUUAGUUCUACUAGGUUUUUAUGAUUCUGGUCAUUAUUUACUGUAGUAUCUCUCAUUGCAUUUUAUUAAUGUAGCUAGUGGUAGCGGUACUAGGAUUCCCUUUUCUAUCAUUGUUGCUGUCGUCGUCAGUCAUUUUGGGUAAUUCCAUUCCUUGUUCAUUGGCCUUUUGCUGGCACCCUGGGAAUAGGGUGCCAUUUGGAACAUACAUUGUGAUCUGCUCCCGGACAGCAGGACUUGGCUGUCAGUUUUGACGUGUGGAAUUGAAAAAAAAGUCCUUGGAAAAGUGUUGUUGUUUUGUUUGUCCAAAUCCCCUCUAUCCCUUACAGACGGGAGAUGUGUCGUUGGGUGAUAAGGCAGCUAUGUUUCUAAGCCUACGAACAGUUUAGAGGCAAUCCUUGUACAUAGGACAGCCAUCAGUAAGUUAGAGCAGGGUUUCCCAAGUUCGGUCCUGCUCCCCCCGGGGUGAACGUUUUGGUUUUUGCCCUAGCAGGACAUUCAAAUAAUCAAAGCGUGAUGAUGAGUUGGAUGUUUGAAUCAGCUGUGUGGUGCUAGGGCAAAAACCAAAACGUGCACCCAGGGGGGAGCCCAGGACCGAGUCUGGAAAACCCUCAGAGUAUUGAAUGAGAGAGAUUGAGGGCUUUGAAGACAUUGCAUUUCUUUGUGGACUAUUGUUAUGCAGUUCACACAUACCACAAAGUAGUAGUUCCAUAUUGGCCAAGUCUCUGCACCGUUUCCAUAUCUGCACCGUUUCCAUAUCUGCACCGUUUCCAUAUCCGCACCGUUUCCAUAUCUGCAUUUUUUUAUCGAUAAAUGCAAAUACACAGGCCAUUAAUACAUCUUACAAUGGCAAUAUGUUGUAAACCAUUAGUAAGCAUUGGCUCGAACAACAGCUGAAUUACUAUGCCUUUCCCCCUGCGCUGUGUGUAAAUCCAAAACAACUGCAAAAUGUGUUAAACUGGCUUGUUGAGCAAAAUACAGUACGUCCCCUCGCUUAUAACCCUAUACACUUCUCUAAAAUACGGAAAAGCACUAAAUGAAGUAAUACCUGAUGUAAAUUAUACCCAUGUUAAACAUAAUUUGGGGGAAUUCUGUGAUUGUGUUCAACCUGGUUGCAUUAUUUUCACAUUGUAGUGCGUGGUAUGGCAUGAAACAUAGAAUAGUUAUGUUGUUUUUAAUCCCUCAAUCUCAAUUGUAUAUUUUUAUAUGUUUACACCAGAAUGAGAUUAGAACGCAUCACUGGGCAGCACAAUGAAUGUACAUUUUUAAAAGGCAAAACAGAAGGUCAACGUUGCGUCCCACAUGUCACCAUCUUCCCUAUGUAGUGCACUACUUUUGACUAGGGCUUAUAGGGCUCUGGUCAAAAGUAGUGCACUAUGUAGGGAAUAGGGUGCCAUUAGGGACACCGUCAAAGCGACUCGCCUCAGUCAUCUAGUCGAGAGAAUAAAUGUAUAAAAAUUUUGAGAAGUUACAAAUGUUUAUUGUACAAUUCCUUCAUUAUAUGACUAAUUGUCUCUGUCCUUGUAAACUAUGAUCAUCACGCACUACUAUGCCAUCUCAGCAUAAAGUCUUAUCUAUAGUCUGAAUGCUUGUACAAUGAGUUUAGGCAUAAGUUUCUUACUAGAUAUCAUCACUUGCCUUUGCCCCAUUUGUAUAUACUUAGGAUUGAGGUUUUUAUAGAUAACUAAUUAGGCAUGGGGCUGGAGGAUAAGGCAAGGUUAUGUUUAUGCUGUUGCAAAUGUAUGAUGGUUGUCUUGCUCUUUGAACAUAAUACUUACUACAGGAAGUUUGGCAUCGCGCCCAACAACCUGGAGACAAACUCUAGCCAUUCGUUCUUCGUCAUUUGAGCAUUGAUCACCAGUCACAUACCCUGAUCCUAGUAUGUUUCUGUCACCAGCAAAACAAAGUGUAGAUAUUGUACAGAAAAUUGGUAUGAAGUACGUGUUAUUUUUCUCUAUGCUACACAAUUGUAUUGAACUCUAAUAGCAAAAAUAAUAAUUGUAUGUUGUCUGUUUAUCCAUGAUUUUUUUAUUUGAGUUAAUUUAACAUAAUUUAAGAUAAAUCUGUUUAUGUAUUAUACAGUUUAUUACAUAGAAAUUGUUUUAAACUAAACCAAAGUGUUAUUAAAAUAAAUAAAUAUAUAUUGUAUGUAAAAGUAGACGUGUGUAUAAUUGCAUUAGUAAUGCUUAAGGUGUAACCAGCAAAAUUACUACUUGAGUUUAUUUUUAUAAUUCUAUUUUUUUGUUCUGGUAAGAGCAGAUUUUAUGUUUGGAAUUUAUUUUGCAUGACACUUUUGACACUUAAAUCAUAACAAAUAUAUUUGUAUUCUUAAAUCGGUUCAUAGAUUUUUUACAUAAAGGAUGAGUAUGAAUACAUUCAUUUAUCCCUAUCGGUUUACCCUUAUGGUCAUUUAUUGUCUGUAGAUCGUCUGUAAUACCAUAAAUGUUUUUCUCAAUGUGAUUCCUAUGGGAAAGAACCAGGAGAAUGUAAAUACUGUAUGUGCUGAAUUCAUUCAGUUCCCUAGUCUCCUCUGAGUAAAUUAUCAAUGUUGUGACAUAUACUCUCCAUUGGAACCAGCAUAGAGAUGCACUGAAUCACAUUUGCUCCCAGUAAAAUGUGUCAAACUAUGUAUGUUAUUUGCAUUUCUAAUAAACUAGCACACCAUAGUUAUAGUU